CUCCCCCAGGCUUCCCGGUUGGCCGACGUCUCCAGGCUGCAGGAUGACAUCAUCAAGCUGACGGACAAAAUCAAGAAGAAGCAGGAGAGCUUCCAGCGCCUGCAGACGGAGAAGGAGGCUCUGUACAACGACAGCAGGACGAAGAUCGACGAGAUCAACCAGAGGAGGGAAGAAGAAGUGAAGGCGGCCAACCUGCGGCUGCAGAAGCUGCAGUCAGACCUGACAGCAGCCAAUCAGGUGGCAGUGGAGCUGAAGGAGCAGCUGGAGAGCAAAGAGACGCAGCACCAGGCAGCUCUGCAGGCCCUGAAGGACCAGGCGGCCAAUCGGAGCGCGCUCAGUCAGGAGCAGGUGGACGUCGUCCUGCAGGAGAACGAUGCUCUGAGGACGAACCUGGCCGCUCUGGAACAGAUCCAGACCUCCAAGACGCAGGAGCUGAACCUGCUGAGGGAGCAGCAGGAGGCGCUGGCGGCGGAGCUGCACCAGAGGAGGGCGGAGCAGGAGGGCCUGCUGGCCCAGAAGGACGACCUCAGCUCCCAGCUGCAGGAGUCCAGCUUCGCCAACAGGAAGCUGCUGGAGCAGCUGACAGAGGAGACGCAGGAGAAGGAGCAGCUGCUGGGAGAGCUGGAGGAGACCAGGAAGACGGCGGAGAAGCGGAAGGCCAUGUUGGACGACAUGGCGUCUCAGCUGAACCAGGUGAAGUCUGACCACAAGGAGGCGCUGUCUGACCUCAGGCUGCAGCAUGAGAAGGAGGUCCUCGGCGUGAGAGCUCGCUAUGAGAAGGAGCUGCGGGUUCUCCACGAGGAGAAGAACCGCUCUGAGGAGGAGAUCCGGCAGCAGCUCAAGGAGGAGAAGGGUCGGACCAGAGAGCUGCAGAGCCUGCAGCAGCAGCUGGAGGAUCUGCAGCAGCAGCUCCAGGCCAUGGAGGGAACCAGGGACUGGUUCGAGAGGAGGCUGAAGGAGGCCGAGGAGAACCUGGAGAUGAACGGCGAGCGGCACCGGCAGGACGUCCAGACGCUGCAGGAGGAACACGGCCAGCAGCUGCAGGAGAAACAAGCUGAGAUGGAGGGAUGGAAGCAGCGGCUGGUGGAGGUGGAGAAAGAGAGAGAUGAAGACAGAGAGACGAUCGGGAAGCUCAGACAGGAGCUGAAGGACACGGUGGACGGCCAGCGGAUCCUGGAGAAGAAGGGCAGCUCUGCGCUGAAGGACCUGAAGCGGCAGCUGCAGCUGGAGAGGAGGCGGGCCGACAAGCUGCAGGAGCGGCUGCAGGACAUCCUGACCAACAGCAGGACCAGGACAGGUCUGGAGGAGCUGGUCCUGUCUGAGAUCAGCAGUCCCAGCCGGACUCAGCAGACCGGGGACUCGUCCUCCGUGUCCUCGUUCUCCUACAGAGACGUGAUGAAGGACGCGCAGCCGGCCAAUCAGAACAGGUCCGGCGCCGGCAGCCCGCAGUCGCAGCGACCCGCCGAGCUUUCUGAUGACGAGAUCGGGGAACUGUUCCAGCGGUUGGCCGAGGUCCAGCAGGAGAAAUGGAUGCUGGAGGAGAAGGUGAAGCACCUGGAGGUGAGCUGCUCGUCGAUGGCCGAGGACAUCUGCAGGAAGAGCGCCAUCAUCGAGACCUAUGUGAUGGACAGUCGCAGAGACGUGUCGGGCGGCGCACUGGCAGCUCACGGAGGCUCCCAGGGAGACAGAGGAGGUCUGGGCUCGGUGCUUCGAGACCUGGUGAAACCCGGAGACGAAAACCUGAGGGAGAUGAACAAGAAGCUGCAGAACAUGUUGGAGGAGCAGCUGACCAAGAACAUGCACCUGCAGAAGGACCUGGAGCUGCUGUCCCAGGAAUUAGUCCGGCUCAGUAAAGAGGGCGGUCUGGGUGUUGGCGGCGCUGCCGGUUCUGGAUGAGACUAUAAUCUGGAUCCAUCCUGCUUGCUUCCUUCCUCCUCACUCGCUGCAUUCACAACCUGCUGGGGUCUGUCUACAUUCUGGAGCCAGAGUGGGCUCUGGGCUAGGACUAAGUGCUGGUUCAUGUCCAUCUGGACCAGAAGGUCUCAGGGACGGAGGACGAGGAGCUCUGAAGACACUUGGUCUCAUUUCAUUUGUCUUUGUUGAAUGUACUGUAAUUAGACUGCACCGCUCACCUCUCUGGGCCCUGGCUAUGACCUGGAGAACUCUGUUUAUCUUGCAGCAUGCUGAGCCCUGACCUCACCAAUUCCUGUCUGGGAUCUGACUAUGACCUGGAUUCUGUCUGAAACAGUCACCAUGACAACUGAGCACAGACUAACAGCCAAUCAGUGAGCUUGCUUUCCGGUUGCUAUGGUUACCGUUUUGGUUUCGCUCACUGGAAACACAACGCUGAACUUUACUACAAAAUGUUCUGAAGACGGAACCAAAGAUUCUAUCGGAUCCGCCCGUCACUACAGACCAACUGGGCCGCUUUCUGCCACCAGGUGGCACCAGAACCUUCAGCCAGCAGGAGGUCUGACUGGUUCUGGUUCUGAGCGGUUCCGUCUGCUACAAUAAACAGAACCACACAGUCCAGAUGUUCCUGACCGGGUCACAAAGUAUUUGAGUUAAGGUCGGUUCUGGACGUGUUCCAGAAUGAGACCAGAUUCUGCAGAAGAAAAACAGAACCAUCCGAUUGGUUCUGACCUGACCCAGUAGACGGUGAACCUAUUCUGGUCCAGGCGGGUUCUGGGUUCUGUUAAACCGGAACCAAUCCUGUCCUGAAUAGAUCAAUUCCUAUGUUUGGACCUUCAGAACCAGCCUGAUGAGCCUGUUGGUGGAAAACAAAAGGUUCUGUUGACUUUCACACAGAACCAGCUGAUGUUCUGACCCAGAGUAGAACGGACCAGCAGGUCGGAGUUCUGCUGUCUGCCAGGUUCUGUAGUGCCUCUGGUCCAGAACCAGACCGGCCUCAAGUAAUCACUAACACUCCAAGGGUUAGACUACUUCCUGGAUUCCCUCCAGGACAGAACCAAAGUUCUGCAGCUGGUUCUGGUUUCAGCUCUCUUCUGGACACUGUCUACUUCCUGGAUUGCCUGAAAAUAUUUCCUCUACUGUUUUAUGUGCGGAGUCCGGAUCAGUCUACUUCCUGCGGAAUUUAAAUUUCCAUUAUAAGUUCGAACUUAUGACUUACUGACCAUUGGGCUCUGACUACUUCCUGGACUCUGCUUUAGACUGACAUCUCGGCCCGUUCUGGGCGGAACCGGCUUUGUUUUUCGUGCAGCUUCAGGAAGUUUGAAUUUUAUCAUCUGAAUCAUCUAAUCUGAACAGGUUUUGUGUGCCGUUUGGAUCAGAACCGUGUUUGUACCGUCUGGUCUGGUCCUGUAAAUAAUCGCUGUGAUUUAAAGAAUAAACUAUUUAUGUCUGAUCAUCAUGACGCUAAUUAAUGUAUCCAUGAAGAGAAAUAAAAUCCUGUCUGGAACCAG